AUGGCCAGCAAUAAAGUCUGUCUUAACGCUCAGUGGUUAGACUCAGAGAGGAAAUAUCAUGAAGUGAUUGCUCCUGCCAGCGGAAAACUUGCUCCCCAGCCGGUGAUUUCCCUCAAUCCUCCCUGGACCGUACUCUUUCAAGGAGAGACAGUGCUUCUGACUUGUAAUGGAUUUGACUCAGAAUCAACAUCAAGAAUAAGAUGGUUGUACAAUGACCACAUUGAGGAAGAAAACACCAUAAACCCCCUAACGGCUCGUUAUUCUGGAGACUACAGUUGCCAAAUCCAGGACUCACCUGUCAGUAAGCCUGUGCACUUGGAUUUUUCAACAGCUUCACUAAUCCUGAACGUUCCAGACUCUGUGUUUCAAGGACAAUCUGUGGUUCUGAGAUGCCGGGCAAAAGCGGGCUUAGUACUAGAGAAACUGGAAAUUUAUAAGGAUAAUAAGUUACUGAAAGUGCUUGAAAAUGGCUCAGAAUUCUCCAUUCAAGGAGCAAGUAGAAAGGACAAUGGUGACUAUUUUUGUAGAGGAUAUAAGAAAUAUGAGAUCUCCGUUUCAAAUUAUGUUAAAAUCCAAGUUGAAGAAUUGCUUCUACGUCCUGUGCUGAAAACCAUGUUGUCCCAGUCUGCGGACUGGUCCUGGGUGAUCCUGACCUGUGAGACACAACUCCCUUCACAGAUGUCCGCCAGCCAGCUCCAAUUCCGCUUCAUCCGUGAUCGAGAAGUCCUGGGAUCAGGCUUGAGUCAUUCCUUAAAAUACUAUAUCCCUGCCAAAAGGUGUGACAGCAAGUAUUAUUACUGCACUGCAAAGACAGACACUUCCAACAAGUGGGAAGAGAGCCCAAAAGUCUCUCUAUGUUCACAGGCUCUUGUGUCCUUCCCUGUACUCUCUAUGAGCCCUUUCAAAACUAUGGCUUUUGAGGGAGAAACUAGGACAUUUUCCUGUAAAAUACAGAGAGGCUCUUUCCCAUUCCUGUUGAAGCUUUAUCGUGACAAUGUUGUCCUCAAGAAGAAACAAGUCUCUCUUAGAGAUACAAAUACUCUUUUGGAGUCACUCUUCCUCUCUUCAGCAGAACAAUAUUCUGGAAAAUACCACUGCUCAGCUGAAAAUAAUCUGGGGAUUCGGUACAGUGAGGAAAUCAGACUUGUCAUCAAAGUUCCCCGUGUCCUUUUUGGGGACACAAUUUCCUUUACAGGUUUGCAUCGAAAACUCAAUGGCUCACAACAGUCUGAUGUUCCUGUGUCUCAGCCUGUCCUAACUCUCAAUCCUCCUGAGGCCAACAUAUUUGAAGGACACAUGAUGACAUUUUACUGCGAAGUGCAAAGAGGCUCUCUCCCCAUCCUGUACAAACUCUAUCUGGACAAUGUGCCUCUAACAGAGAGAUCCUUUUUCUCACAGAGAAUAGAGCUCUUCAGCCUUUCUCUGACUGCAAAGCAUUCUGGGAAAUAUCAUUGCUCAGCUCAAAAUGGCCAGAGGGUCCAACACAGCAAGGCAGUCAGCCUUGUCAUCAGGGUACCUGUCUUCAUUUUAAGGCUUCCUAGAGAGUUAGCUUUUGAAGGAGACUGGGUGACACUUUACUGUGAUGUCCAUAGAGGUUCUCCCAGUAUCCUAUUCCAGUUUUAUCAUCAGACUAUAAUCCGGGAGACAUCAUAUCAUUCAUGGGAUCUACUAACUUACUCUCUUCCUCAGUUCCAGUGUCCCUCCCAGUCCUCACAUUGAACCCCCCAGACCCAGGCUGUGGAAGGCGACAUGGUGGAGCUCCACUGUGAAACCCAGAGGGGCUCUUCCCCCAUCAUAUAUCAAUUCUAUCAUGAGAAUGUCAUCCUGAAGCACAUGCCAACAUCCUUUGGAAGAGGAGGGUCCUUCCACCUUUUGCUGACAGAAAAGCAUUCUGGGAACUACCACUGUACAGCCGACAAUGGCUUGGGACCCCAACUUAGUUACACAGUGUCACUUAACGUCACAGUUCCAGUGUCUCGUCCUGUCCUUACUCUCUGGACUCCUAGAACCCAAGCUGCUGUUGGAGAUAUUAUGCAGCUUCACUGUGAAGUUCAGAAGGGAUCUCCUCCAAUCUUAUAUAAGUUUCACCACGAAUAUGUCACCCUGGCAAAUAUUUUAGUCCUUUCUAGAAAAGGAGCAUUCUUCAACCUCUCUCUGACAGAAGAACAUUCUGGAAGCUACUCUUGUGAGGCCAACAAUAGUGUUGGUGCUCAGCUCAGUCAGGUGAUGACACUCGAUGUCAAAGUUCCAGUGUCUUGCCCAGUCCUCACACUCAGAUCUCCUGGGCCUCAACUUACGGUGGGAGACAUGGUGGAAUUUCACUGUGAGUCCUGGAAAGGCUCAUUCCCAAUCCUGUACCAGUUCUAUCACAAGGAUGUUAUCCUAGGAAACAGCUCUGUCUCCAUUAGAGGAGGAGUGUCCUUCAACAUCUCUCUAACAAUAGAACAUUCUGGAAACUACUCCUGUGAGGCUGACAACGGCCUAGGGGCCCAACACAGUGAGGUAUUGAAGCUCUCUGUGAAAGGCCUGACAGGAAGCAGUAGUGGCCUUGUAGCCACAGGCGUCACUGGAGGACUGCUCAGUAUAACAGGCCUAGCUGCUGUGGCCCUGUUCUAUUACUUGCUUCUGAGAAAAGCAGGAGAAAAAUCGGCCUCUGAUCCUAUGAGGAGCACAUCAACUUCUGAUGCUCAAGAACCAACCUACCACAAUGUACCAGCCUGGUUAGAACUGCAGCCAGUGUACAGUAAUGUAAACGUUAAAGGAGGAGACGUGGUUUACUCAGAAGUCAAGCACCUUCGAGGAAAAAAGUCCCAUGCAGGACUCCUCUGUCAUCUACUCCCAGGUGAAGAUUACUUCAACACAGGCCUCUUGGCCUCAGCUCUUGGCAUCUUCAACUCCUCACAGAUGAAUCCACACAUCUCCACGAUUGCUAUCUCGAACUUUAGCCCUCAACACCAUCUUUGA